AUGUCUGGCCGCAACAAUAAGAAGAAGGGUCACCGCCUCUUCAAGCAGCGAAAGCCCUCCGCGGCGGCCGAGGGCCCGGAGUCGCAGCCCCAGGCGGCAUAUGCCAAGGCCAGCGAUGUGGCGGUUGGAAGUUUCCGCGCGAGCCUUGCUGAUCAUCUUCACCCGCCAGACGCACAGAAUUCCGAGGCUGGUCCUGCCGGUAGCCCUGCAGCCGGUGUCGCGGAUUCGGCCGAGCUUCAGCAAGCCGCCAUGACCAUAGUCGAGCUGGCGACGUCGGCCCAGGAAGCCAAGACCGUCGCUGGUGGCAACGAUCGGGAGGACGUCACGGGCCUCAAGACACCCGGCGAGUUCGAGGCCGUCUUCAAUAAGCUUAAGUACGUGUCGGCGCCUAGCGACGACGGUGCUGCGGCACCCGCCACCGAUUCCAACGAGGGCAAAGCGGCGGCCCGCAAGAAAGCCAACGGUUUCAAGAAAGCCAAAGUCUCCAAGCCCCCGCGCCCAGCGAGGAUGGAACCUGCCUCCGGCCAAGCCGCCAUCAAAGAGGAAGCAAUUACCAUCCAGACCUCUCACCCCGCGACAAUGGACUUCGCCUUCGUCCAGGCAGCAGCCGAUGAGGAACCUAACGCCGUCCAGACCUCGCACCCAGCGAUGGCCGACCCCGCCUUUGGUCAAGCUGCCCGCGACGAGCAGCACCACCAUGACGAGCAGCAAUACCGCGACUACGCCCCGAUGAAUGCCGGCUUCGGCAUGAACAUGGACAUGCGCGUCGCCAAGCCCGUGGCCGUGAGGCUCCCCCCGCCCCGAUCCGCGGCGGCGAGGCGGCGCACGCCCGAAGAGUUCCGCCAGGCGCUCAUGGACCAGGUUCAGCGCAUCAAGGCGACGGAGAACCAGCCCGAGAAGCUGCACCAGGUCCUGGUGGAGUUUCGCGCGUCCAUCGACGAGAGGAUGACCGAGUUCGUCGACAUUAGAGGCGUCGUCUUCGACCUGGGAUGCGGCGGACCGUAUCGUUGA